GAGGGCAGGUACAGGAUACUGAGUUGGAUGAUCAGCCAUGAUCGUAUUGAAUGGCGGUGCAAGCUCGAAGGGCCGAAUGGCCUACUCCUGCACCUAUUUUCUAUGUUUCUAAUGGGGUUAGGAGGGAGAGAUAGAUCAGCCAUGAUUGAAUGGCGGAGUAGAUUUGAUGGGCCGAAUGGCCUAAUUCUACUCCUAUUCCUUAUGAUCUGCUCUAUCCAAGCCUUUCAGUAUGGCUUGACUAUUCUCUGACAACUCAUUUGUCACCUGUUUGUUCGUCAGCUAAUCUGUCUGCCUUUUAGUUCUUUCCCUAUCAUCCUGUCUUCCAGCUGCGAUAGCUACCUAUGUUACCCCAAGGUCAGCGUGGAGUCCAGGUACUCUAACCAAAAUGGAUGGGGCUCAUUACGUGUCAGGUAGUUUGGGAAAUAGAAUGGGGUUGGCUAAACCUUUGUCAAUAAAUGCUGUAAAUUUAACUUGUGGGUGUGGUAAGAUUGGUUUAACUCCUCCUCUGCUGCCCUUGCUGUUUGCGUUCUCGAGAUAGAGAGAAAAAAUCUCUGGACUAGAUGCCCUGGAAUUGUAGGUAAAGUUUCUGAUUUGGACUCAAUGGGCCGUUAAAUCAGGGUGACGUGGGGUCUGAUUCCAGGCGUUUCAUUCCAAUGCAGAUGGUUUUCUGUGGUUGCAUUUUGUGAUUGCUACUUGAACACCUGCCUGACCCGCAGAAUGAAAAUGCAGUUCUUCCUCCCCCUCUCUCUGGCUGCUUCAUUGUUCCAUCAAGUUUUGAUGAUGCCUCAUCCUGAUUGGAAUGAUCCUUCGCUGAAAAAUAAUCCUCGAUCCAUGACUUUCCACAUCAGACCCUUGGGAGAGGACACAACUGCGUUGAAUGGCGGGACUCCCUGGACUGACUACGUACUGGACUGCGCGGAUAUUUUCCACAAAGGCUUUCACAGAAGUGGGGUGUAUCAGAUCCACCCCUCUGGGCCAUUCCGUCCACUGAGUGUUUACUGUGACAUGGAAACUGAUGGAGGAGGAUGGACAGUGCUUCAGAGAAGAAUGGAUGGCUCUGUUGACUUCUACAGAGGAUGGGAUGAUUACAAGCAGGGCUUUGGUCGGGCGGAUGGCGAGUAUUGGAUAGGUCUGCAGAACAUGCACUCAUUGACAGCAAAGAGGAAAUACCAGCUGAGGAUUGACAUGGAAGACUUUGAGAACAGGACGGUCCACGCCGAGUAUGGAGAGUUUGCAGUGGCUGCCAAUGCCAUCCGCGCAGAAGCAAAUGGCUACACUCUCCUGGUGCAGGGGUUCACUGAUGGAGGAGCGGGAGACUCCUUGAGCUACCAUAAUGGGCUCAAGUUUAGCACCUUUGACAGGAAUCAGCAGAACUCCACAAACUGUGCACAGACUAACUCAGGAGCCUUUUGGUACAAGUCCUGCCACAUGGUGAAUCUCAACGGCCUCUACCUAAGAGGGUCGCACUCGUCCUAUGCCAAUGGUAUCCACUGGGCCACGUGGACUGGAUAUUUUUACUCUCUCAAAGCUACUGCCAUGAAAAUUAGACCACAUCCAUGGAUUAAAAGGCGAUUCACGAUGUCCAGUUUACGUCCCCCAAUCCAGGGAGCCCAGCGGGUCAGGCAGCAUCUGUAGAGGGGAAUGAGCAGUGCAUGGAAGGAUCCCAACCCGAAAUUGCGUCUAUCCAUUCCCCCUCCUCUGAUAGAUACAAAAAGCUGGAGUCACUCAGCGGGACAGGCAGCAUCUCGGGAGAGAAGGAAUGGGUGACGUUUCGGGUCGAGACCCUUCUUCAGACUGAGAGUCAGGGGAGAGGGAGACAUAGAGAUAUUAAAGGGUGAAGUGUGAAAACACAAAUCAAUGGGGAUGUUGAUCAAGGAAAUGUGGAAUGGUACAUUGUUUCCUGCUCCUCAGAUGCUGCCUGACCCUCUGAGUUCCUGCAUCAGUUUGAUUUUUGCUCAAUAUUCCAGCAUCUUCACUCUGUUUUGUGUCCAUUACACUGUUCUUGUGCCCCAUUCUCAUUAAAUAUAUUAUGCAGCGUUUACAGCUUCUUGUCUAAGUAGACCUUUUGGUCCACAGUCUGCGCCGACCAGCGAUCCCCGCACACUAAUGUUAUCCCACAUGCUCGGGAUAAUUUACAAGUAUACUGUAGAUUAAAGGGCCUGUUCCCACGUGGGAGUCAUUAGCGCGUCAUUUACGCUACAUCAUUUACGCGUCACGAUGUACAACGCGCGCGUGGUGACACACACUUGAUGCGCGCAUUCAGAUUCAGAUUCAGAUUCAGAUUCAAUUUUAAUUGUCAUUGUCAGUGUACAGUACAGAGACAACGAAAUGCAUUUAGCAUCUCCCUUGAAGCGCGACAUAGCAAACGAUUUGAAUAAAUAAAUAAUGCGCAUGGCAUGCAUUACGUGCGUAUGGCACGUGAUGAGGCGUGGAGGCGUAGGCAGCCGCGCGCGUGCGCCCAAGGAUUUUGGGAUUCACAAAAUCUUCGCGAUUCAUCUGCGAGAUGCGGAAAUUACGCCCAAGUGGGACUGGCCCUUAACCCACAUUCACCCAAGCCAAUGAACCUACAAACCUGUACGUCUUUGGAGUGUGGGAGGAAACUGGAAAUCUCGGAGAAAACCCACGCAGGUCACAGGGAGAACGUGCAAACUCCGUACAGACAGCACCCGUAGUCAGGAUUGAACCCAGGUCUCUGGCGCUGCAAGGCAGCAAUUCUACCGCUGUGCCACCAUAUGUCUAAAGUAAACAGUGGAUGAGAUAGUGGGAUAACAGAACGAGUUUGGGAAAGAGUGAGCAAUGCUGUGUAAAUAUUGAUCGGGACAUUAAAUGUCACGUUGUCACUGGUGGUGACAUAAUGGUACAUCUUGUAUAUACAGAGGGUGGAGUAUCAGUACAUGCUCCCUUUCCCUCUGCAGUGGUGCUCGCUCUCAAUACUGUGCUGCUGUUCUGUCUGAAAGAACCUUGGCAGGCCAGUUAUGCACCCAGCCAAGCCGCUGCCCCCGGCAUAACACACAGAGCAUCACACACACACACACACACUUCGGAAACAAAAGACGAGUUAUUCCCAAAGUUAAUCAAACAAGAUAGCUUAAAGCACAGCCGUAUACACUUCACCAUUCUGUUUAACAAAGCAUAUCACUAUAUCUCAGCACACGUGACAAUAAUUAUUCUGGGAUGGGUGAUACUUGUCAGGUCGACCCUGUUUGUGUCAUUCCUUUGGUUCUAGUUACCUGCCUCCAGCAUCUGCAGUUUCUUGUGUCUGACCAUCUUUUGUUCUGACCAUCUAUGUCCUCCGCCUUUCUUUGUGUUUCCCAGAGAGGUGAAGAGGAUCCUCUCUCCUCCGCAUUCCUGCAUGAAUACAGGUUCUGCUUUCUCCAUUGCUGCCUUUAUUUGACACUCUUUAGUAGUUCACACCCUACCCUUCCAUGUCUCUGUGUCUAUCUCUCCUCUGAAGAAGGGUCCCAACCUGAAACGUCACCCAUUUCCUCUACCCAGAGAUGCUGCCUGUCCUGCUGACUUACUCCAGCACUCUGUGCCUAUCUUUGAUGUAAACCAGCAUCUGCAGUUCCUUCCUACACAUUUAUAGGAACAAACAUAGAAAAUAGGUGCAGGAGUAGGCCAUUCGGCCCUUCGAGCCUGCACCACCAUUCAAUAUGAUCAUGGCUGAUCAUCCAACUCAGUAUCCUGUACCUGCCUUCUCUCCAUACCCCCUGAUCCCUUUAGCCACAAGGGCCACAUCUAACUCCCUCUUAAAUAUAGCCAAUGAACUGGCCUCAACUACCUUCUGUGGCAGAGAAUUCCAGAGAUUCACCACUCUCUGUGUGAAAAAUGUUUUCCUCAUCUCGGUCCUAAAAGAUUUCCCCCUUAUCCUUAAACUGUGACCCCUUGUUCUGGACUUCCCUAACAUCGGGAACAAUCUUCCUGCUUCUAGACUGUCCAACCCCUUAAGAAUUUUGUAAGUUUCUAUAAGAUUCCCCCUCAAACUUCUAAAUUCUAGCGAGUACAAGCCGAGUCUAUCCAGUCUUUCUUCAUAUGAAAGUCCUGACAUUCCAGGAAUCAGUCUGGUGAACCUUCUCUGUACUCCCUCUAUGGCAAGAAUGUAUUUUCUCAGAUUUGGAGACCAAAACUGUACGCAAUACUCCAGGUGUGGUCUCACCAAGACCUUAUACAACUGCAGUAGAACCUCCCUGCUCCUAUACUC